CGCACCCUGGUUGACCCAAUCCCCUUCCCUAAAACCCCAUUUUCAUUUCAUUUAUCUCUUCGCCACUCUCUCCACCACACUCAACACUCAGCCAUGUCCUCCUUCGCCGCCCCCACCAAUCUCAUCACCAACGCUCCUCUCUCUUCCUCCUCCUCCUUACCCUCCCGUCGCAAUUCACGCGCCUCCUCUUCAGCCACCGGACCACGCGCUUCCUCUUUUAAAUGUGAUCUCUCCUCCUCAUCAUCCCCCUCCCCUUCCCAAAACCCUAAAAACCAACAACAUUCCCUCCUCAAAACCCUAACCACUCCUCUCUCCGUCGCCUCCGCUUGCGCCGCUUCCACUCUCUUCCUCCGCCUCACUCCCUUCUCUUCCCCCUUCAAUGGUAACUUCUUCGGCGGCGGUGGAGGUAGCGGAGGUGGAGGUGGAGGUGGAGACGGAUUUAACUCAAACGGCGGUGGAGGCGGUGGCGGAGAUUCCGGAGGAUUUUGGAACAAACUGUUUACGCCAGCGCCGGCAAUUGCUGAUGAGUCACAGUCGCAAGAGUUUGACUCUCAUGGAUUACCAGCUAACAUAGUAGUUCAAUUAAACAAACUCAGCGGUUUUAAGAAAUAUAAACUCUCCGAUAUUCUUUUCUUCGACCGACGUCGUUUCGCCACCGUCGGCACUGAGGAUUCCUUUUUCGAAAUGGUGUCGCUCCGGCCGGGCGGGAUUUACACCAAAGCGCAGCUACAAAAGGAGCUGGAAACCCUAGCUACCUGCGGAAUGUUCGAGAAGGUUGACAUGGAAGGCAAAACUAACCCCGACGGAACCCUAGGGGUUACCAUUUCGUUCACCGAGAGUACGUGGCAGUCAGCUGAUAAGUUUAGGUGUAUUAACGUAGGCUUAAUGCAGCAGUCGAAACCAAUCGAAAUGGAUGCUGAUAUGACUGAUAAGGAGAAAUUGGAGUAUUAUAGGAGUCAAGAGAAGGAUUAUAAGAGGAGGAUUGAGAAGGCGCGACCGUGUUUGUUGCCCAUGUCUGUGCACAGAGAAGUGCUGCAGAUGUUGAGGGAUCAAGGGAAGGUUAGCGCGAGAUUGUUGCAGAAGAUUAGAGACAGAGUGCAGAGAUGGUAUCAUGAUGAAGGGUAUGCGUGUGCUCAGGUUGUGAAUUUCGGGAAUUUGAAUACGAAAGAAGUUGUUUGUGAGGUUGUUGAAGGGGAUAUUACGCAGUUGGCUCUUCAGUUUCAGGAUAAACUUGGGAAUGUUGUCGAAGGGAAUACUCAACUUCCUGUUGUUAAAAGAGAGUUGCCUAAGCUGCUUCGACAAGGUCAAGUUUUUAACAUUGAAGCUGGAAAACAAGCUCUCAGGAACAUAAACUCGUUAGCCUUAUUUUCAAAUAUUGAAGUGAACCCAAGGCCUGAUGAGAAGAAUGAGGGAGGAAUAAUUGUUGAGAUCAAGCUUAAAGAACUCGAGCCAAAAUCAGCUGAAGUUAGCACUGAAUGGAGUAUUGUACCUGGCCGUGGAGGGCGUCCCACUUUGGCAUCAUUCCAGCCAGGUGGAACUGUUUCUUUUGAACAUCGGAAUAUCAAAGGGCUGAAUAGAUCCAUUCUUGGUUCAAUAACCACAAGCAAUUUCUUUUUGCCUCAGGAUGAUCUUGCCUUUAAGCUAGAGUAUGUUCAUCCAUAUUUGGAUGGUGUGUAUAAUCCACGCAACCGCACUCUUCGUGCAAGUUGCUUCAACAGCCGAAAACUUAGUCCAGUCUUUACUGGUGGGCCAGGAGUGGAUGAAGUCCCUCCUAUUUGGGUUGAUCGUGGUGGCCUAAAAGCCAACAUUACUGAGAAUUUCACCCGUCAGAGUAAAUUUACUUAUGGAAUUGUGAUGGAAGAGAUAACAACACGAGAUGAAAGCAGCCAUAUAUCUGCAAAUGGUCAAAGAGUGUUGCCAAGUGGAGGAGUUAGUGCAGACGGACCUCCAACAACCCUCAGCGGUACUGGUAUUGACCGAAUGGCAUUUCUACAAGCAAAUAUCACUCGUGAUAACACGAAGUUUGUAAAUGGAGCUGUAGUUGGUGAGAGGAAUGUAUUUCAGGUGGACCAAGGCCUUGGGAUUGGUAGCAAAUUUCCAUUCUUUAACCGUCACCAACUUACUAUCACGCAGUUUAUACCACUGAAGCAAGUGGAAGAAGGUGCUGGUAAACCACCACCACCUAUCCUUGUCCUAAAUGGGCAUUAUGGUGGGUGUGUAGGAGAUCUUCCAAGCUAUGAUGCUUUCAUCCUUGGUGGACCUUACUCUGUAAGAGGCUACAACAUGGGUGAAUUAGGAGCAGCUAGAAACAUUCUCGAGCUUGGAGCUGAAAUAAGGAUACCUGUGAAAAACACACACGUGUAUGCUUUUGCGGAGCAUGGAAAUGAUCUAGGAAGUUCCAAGGAUGUGAAGGGAAAUCCAACAGAGGUUUACAGGAGAAUGGGUCACGGUUCAUCAUAUGGUGUCGGUGUAAAGCUGGGUCUAGUGAGAGCGGAGUACGCCGUUGAUCACAACACAGGCACUGGCUCACUAUUUUUCCGGUUUGGUGAGAGAUAUUGAAAGGCAACCGGCGGUUACAUAGAUGUUCUUCUUAGUAUAUUCGGCCAUUAGCAUUCUUUUUUGGAAGAGCAGCCGGAGUUGUUGAUCGGACUAUAACAUUAUGGAGCUAGAUCGAGACAUGUUUUAAUCGGAAUGCACUUUUUUUUCAAAAGGAGGUUGUUAGUCUGUUUUAUCUGGCUGUUUGAUGAGAUUAGAGAUAUUGAGAAAAUUGACACCCCUACUUAUGUUUAUGGUUGCUGAUAAUGGUGAAUAAAUUUUGUGUUGUGUAUGAUUUAUAUAUAAUGAGCCAAAACUUUUGCUGUA